AUGGCUCUAGCAGCGCAGCAGUCAUUACUAGAUGAAUUAAUGGGCAAAGGGCGAAAUGCAGCGAAAGGUGAAAAAGUUCAUAAAUAUCGUUUCGAUGAUCCAAAUGUUUGUAAAUAUAUGUUAGUUGACUUUUGUCCACACGAUUUAUUUGUUAAUACUCGACAAGAUCUUGGACCCUGUGAUAAAAUUCAUGAUAUUAGUCUUCAACAAGAUUAUCAGAAAAGUUCACGUCAUGGAAAGCUUGGUUUUGAAGAUGAAUAUGAACGUUUUCUCAAAUCAUUAAUAUCCGAUGUGGAACGACGAAUAAAACGAGGACAAGAACGUCUACGCAUAACUCAGGGUGAUCCAAAUGCUAACAACGAUCCAAAUAGUCAAAAGAAUGAAACUAUCAAUAAAAUAAAAUUUCUCGAAGAAAAAAUCACCUCACAUGUUUUAAAAUCAGAACAACUUGGAAAUGAUUGUCGAAUCGAUGAAGCACAACAAGUUUUAAAUCAAUGUGAAGAAAUGAGAGAAGAAAAAGCGACACUUGAAACACAAUUAGCUGAAGAACAAGCCAAUGCAGAUAUGAAUAAAGCUAUGGAAGUAUGCACUGUUUGUGGAUCAUUUCUUAUUGUUGGUGAUAUACAAAGUCGUUUGGAUGAGCACAAUAGUGGAAAACAACAUGCAGGCUACGCAAAAAUUAGAGCAACACUUGACGAUUUAAUUCAACGUAAAACACAAAUGCUUGAAAAAGACCGAACUCGGAAUGUGCAGCAAAAGCCAGAACUAUCGAACCGCAAACGAGAUCGAUCAGAGCCCAACGAUGAAAAACCUAAACGACAUAGUUCACCAUCAUCGUCACAUCAUCAUCAUCAUCAUGAUAGAAGUAGUAAACAACGAGAAUCUUCCAGAGAAGACAAUGAUUAUCAUCAUCAUAGAUCAUCACGACAUGAAAAUAGUUCGUCAUCCAAAGAACGUCAUCAUCGACGAUAA